CGGGCGGUGCUCCGUGAAGCGUGACGGGCAACGUUGAUGAUACUUUGUGACGGACGGUUGAUGUGGGUCGGCGGAUCGCGAUGAAUUUGACAGUAGCAGCGGCCGACAUCGAGUGACGCGACGCGUCUAUGUCGCGUAGUCGAAGUCGCCGCGAGGAACGAAAGACACAAGGCCGAUCGAUCGACGAGAGAUAUGCGGUCCACGAGAGUCUCAUAAGUACACUUUGCCAGGCGUUCACGCGCUCGCCUUAUUAUGGCAGAAUGGACGAACGUAAAUUGCUGCCGUUGCUGAUACUCUUCUUGACAGGAUGGCAGGAAGCAGUGUAUGCCGUCGUACCAAUACAAUACAUUACCGUAGACGUUGGUAAAGGCCUGAAAUUGGCCUGCGAUGACGAGAAUGCUCUUACGUAUUCCGAGGAGUCGAAUAUCAGAGUGAUGUGGGUGAGAGAAGGGCGAGAAGAUGGGCAGGUUGAGCGACUGAAAAUCAAGCCAAACGGCAUGCUGGAAUUGUUGAACGUCAGCACAAACGAUGCCGGCAAUUAUUCGUGCACCAUGGACGAUCACGAUGUUGUGAAAGCUAGGAUCAAUGUGGAAGUCAAAACUCCUCCUCCUGCUUUGCACAAUGUAUGGGUCAAGCCAUCCACGAUAUUGGCCAACAUACUCUGGGAAGUGGCUGGUACCGGCGGAUACCCUAUUAUAGACUUCACUGCCGAAUAUCGUUUGAAACCAGUCGCAGGCGAAGAACCAGAAGAGUGGAAACCCAUUAUCCCAACGCACAUUCCUCCAAAUUCUAGACAAAUAGAUGUGUACCAUUUGGUGCCAAACACUACGUACUCGUUUCGAGUAUGGGCAACCAAUCAGUUGGGAAAAGGAGAGAUCGUGGAGGUCGAGGGUCAUACACAUCACAGCGUAGAGGAAUUGGAGCUCGCCCGACACCUUUUAGCCGGUGUAGAGAAUUUCGAUACGCGCGUCUGGGUGGCAGCCGUAGGUAUUGUGAUGGGCACACUUAUGAUUCUUGGUUUAGGUACUUGUUACCUACUGUAUCGCGAGUGCAAGGCACCCUCGCAGCUGGAGGAGCAGGAGGUGAUUGAGCUCGUGCCUAACAUCAUUCUAAAUCCGGGAUUUUUCGACGAGCGCACCGAGCACGUGCCGCAGGACGAGAACUUCAACAAUCAAACGACCACGCGUCUCAACAACAACAGCGUUGUGCAACCUAGACGGGUUUAGCGUUUUUUGUUCAUCGUAGUCACGCUCCGCUCUGAAGUCAGUCGAUUGGACGCAGUUUUUCCACGUACGAACGAAGUAAGUAAAGCGAAGUUUUAUCGGGAAGGCCUUGAGUUUGUCUGAAAAAAAAAAAUGAUCGACCGCGAGUUGAUGGAUUGUAAAGCGCAAGGUUAUCGGCGAUCAUCGAGAAUCUACCUUGAAUCUUCGGACAUUUUCUCAAGUCCAUCAGUUGCUUCGAGUGUCCCUGUUAGUUUCCUUGACUUUUCUAUUAGGGAUCGAAUGAAGGAAUCGGACUUAUUCUAAAAAAAAAUUUGACACUUCUCAAACAAAAAAUCACUAUUAUUCUUGGAAAAUUUACAAAUGAAAAAUUCUAAAAAGAAAAUUUAAAUAAAAUUUUUAUAUGCAGUAAUAGAACGAUGUAAUUUAGAUAGAUUAACACUUAUUUCAAAGAGACAUCUCUCGUCCGUGUGUGAAACAAAUGAUAAAAAUCGGAUGCAAAAUGAGAUUUGUCGAAGUAGAGGGAAUUGGGGGGAAAAAAAGGGCUCCGUAUUUUCAUUCGAUUCCUGAUGUCACGACAAUGAAGUGUUCAAAAUCAGAAUGUAAGACUCGAAUCAGAUUUCUUCGCGAGAAGUAAUAGACUUUUUGGAGAUGUUUUACUGCAGGGGAGGGGUUUUCUGUCUCUCGUAUAGUUUCUCAAAAUGACACAUUCAAUGAUUGCUCAGUGAUCGAGCUUAAAGGGAGCGGACUCCUGUGAGCUAAAGAGAAUCGUAGUAAGACUGUAAUCUUAAGAGUAUAAUUUUGCGAAAGAACUUCGAAGAAUUACGUAAUAAUUGACGGACGAUAUUGUCUAAAAAGUAUAUAUUUUGCACUUCUUUACUUUUUCAAAAAAGUAACGUAAUGUGAAUAGUAUAUGAGUGUCGAGAUUUCUUUUAAGAUGCUCGUUUGUUGUUUAAGUGGUCGUAUAUGCGCGUAUAUCAUGUAAUGAAUUUACUGCCGUUUUAAGGUGUGCACAAGUCGUUGAAAGUUCCUUUUUAAGAAUCUUCGCAAAUUAAUCUUUUUUUUAUAUAUAUAUAUAUAUA